UGGAAAUGGAAGAACAAACCAAGGAGAUGCUUACAAGAGCCAUCCGGAGCCAUCCUUCAAGCUACCUGUGUUGGGGUCCGCGAACAAAAUGUCUAAAGUGUUGAAGAUAAAUGACUCCGUGUCAGCAAGCUAGAAUUAUUCUGAAACCUGGAAAGGAAGGCCUCCCUCCCUGGGUGAGGAGAAUCGGGUCUUCCAAAACCAUCUCCCAUGGAAGAGGAAACAGCAAUAGUCCACUCUGCUCUACCCGGCUGGUGCAGUGCAGGUUGCUAGAGAGCCAUUGAGAGCAGACAUCUGCCUGCACCCAUUAGAAGGAAGAGGGUGGGCUGAAGGCUGCCUCUUCAGCACUCGGUCCCAGGCACCAUUUAUUAUAAUGCCUUUUCGCUUCCUUCCUUCCUUGAAUAAACUUUUGCUUCGAAGAAGGAGAUAAGGGGCCAUAUUUCUUUCUAUUUCCCUCCCCCACCCCGAGCUUGGAAGAGGGAGGGCGGUGCCCACCACACGCCUCUGCCUCCCUUCCGUCCUCCAGAGCCACAUGGGGGUCCUCCAGAGCCACAUGGGGUGGAAAGGCUGAGAGGCAGGGAUUCCAGAGAAGCUGAUGGCAGAUUCAUAUCACCCAGGUCAGCUUCGGGUCAGCGCAGCAACAAGGGGGCUGAAUUCCACUGGCUCUGGUGGCCAUCGGAAGGAGCUCUGCAGCUAGAAACCCCUUUUUCCCUCUUCAGGCCGUCCUCAAGUUAUGACCUCCGUGGAGACCUGGAUUGCCAUUGCAGAUCAAUGCAACCCUAAAUGAGAUACCAUAUGACCAUACCGACUUAAUGACUGCAGUCUCAGCAUUCCCCAUUGCGGUCGUUAACUGAGAAUCGCAGAUCGUUAAGCGAGCAUCUACCCCAAUCCAGGCCAUUCUGGGCUUGGCCCCAUCAGAGCCCCGAGCCUAAUUAGGGUUAUAACUGCCCCCUGCUCCCCACACCUGCCUAUCUCCCUCACCAUUUCUGCCCUCUGCCUUGCUGUUCAGCAAGCAGCCCCAGAACUAUCCCGGCUUGUUUGCAAUGCUCUGGAAAGCUGUAGCGCCCUCAACCAGUCCCAGCCACAGUCAUCUUGAAGCCCUUGCACUUCGAGACCUCUGCCGCCCUCUGCUCCACCACCCCGGCUGCCUUCUUGCCCCACUGGUGACGAGGUGUGCCCAGCCUGACCCUUGUGCCACAUCGGAAGCUGCUCCCUGACUUGCAUCUGCUUCUUGAGGUGCACCAGAGAGUCCCCUGCCCAGCCCAACUUCAAAUGAUUGUGCCUUGUUGGAUCUAGUAGGACCGGAAUAGAGCCGGAAGGGUGAGAGUGGAGGGAAAGUGGCCGUUGUCAGGAAAUGUGCUUUAAUUCCAGGGGACACUGAGGCUGGAGGGGAUGGGAGAUGGGCAGCUUCCACUGACCCUUGCUGGGCUUACUCUUGGACGGGUUAGAUGGGAUGAUCCCCAAGGUCGCUCUCGACACUCAAUCAAUUUCAAUCAGAGCUAGAAGGGACCUUGGAAGUCUUCUAGUCCCCUGGUCAAGACCCCAUAAUGUUUCAGACAGAUUGCUGUCCAACAGCCAGGAGUUUACUCAGCCUCCAUCCAUCCGAGGUCGGAAAAUUAGGUAAAAAUUACCCACAUUGUUGGCGGAGGGAGGGGCAAGAUGCGGACUCUGCAGACCAUCCAGAGGGGGCUGUAAAGCACUAUGGAGCCGUAUAUAAGCCUGAGUGUUAUUGCGAAAGUGGACUUUUAUUUAGUCAGAGAAAUGACUUAACGGCCCUGCGUCCCGCCUGACGAUGUCCCAGCAGAUGGGCCCAUGACUGUGAUUGGGCCCUGGCUGGGGGAAGAAGCGGGUACCCCUUUGAAGGCAGUGGAGCAGCCCUGCAAAAGCCUUCCCAAUCCAAGGGUGGAAGAAGGGCUCUGGGUGGCCCUGAGGAGCCUCGGCAGAGCCUUGUGGGACAUUUUUGGUCCUUCCCUCACUUGCAAAGUAAGGGCACUCGAAGAGCAAGAUCGUCUCUCGUGGCUUUGAAUAAAGCUGUGCGUGCCUCAGUGGUUUCUGCGUGUGUUGGCUCCCUUCGGGGUCUCUCUCUGUCCCCUUCUGCCUCCCCUCUGAAAACAAGGGGAGCCAUUUUGGAGAAGCAUCUGCUCCAAAUUCUGUAUAAUGAACUGGCAGGCCUUCUGCCCUGGGACGGGCCUGGGGCCUGGAGGGGACUAGUAGUCGCCCCCCAAUAGGAGAACCUGCCUCUCCAAACAUGGCUGACCCAGGCUGAGCAGGAGUGGAUUUCUGUUCUUUCACUGGGGUGGGGGUGGGGCGCCGUAAGUAUUUCCAGAGGCCUGUGGAGGCAGGUCCCACCUGAGAAGCCCGGGAUGGUGGUGGGGAGUUCUUCCUUUUUCUUCAUUCUCUCUGAUUUUAAAAGCAGCCCUCCUUGUGAUCCUUUUUUUUUUUGCGUCUCUCGAAACAGCCAUUUAAAAGGGAAAAAUGGUGCCAUUGCUUUGUUUAUAUAUUCAGAUUUGUAUAAUUAAUUGAGGCAGGCUGGACGGCCGGGUUCCACCAGGGAAGCGGUCCCUUCCCAGGCCAUUUUUCCCAUUUGCGUGGGCCGCGUUGAGUUCGUCGCAAGGCUGCUGGGGCCUUUGUGUGCUGGCAGGUGAGGGGCGUAGCUGUCCUGGGGGCUGCCUCAGAACGGAGGCCUUCCCCGGCCGUCUCUGCCUGCUGGAUCCUGGAUGUAAAUAAAGAUUUUUUGACGCUCGUUGGUUCCUUGUGUGGAUUUCCUGGCUUCACGUUUGUUGCUUUCUUUUCAAUAUACUGACGAUCUUUUCUUUGUUUCAUAGCAUUGAACAGAUGGGUUGAUUAUUCUUUUCAGAUAUUAAUAAAGCAGCGGAAAGAAGAGAAAUGAAUAAGCCUCCCUCAAGGUCCAGCCCAUCGCGAAGGGCUUUUCCCGGUCCUUCCGGCAGGGAGCCCAUCCCUUUCGGCGAGAGAGACGCGCGGAGGGAUCGCUCUCCCAACCGGGGCAGCCCACGCAGAGAUGGCAGGAACGGCCGAGAUUCCCGGGACGGACGGGACCUUCGGGCACGAGAGUUGCGGGGGGGCAGAGAUCACCGAGACCCCAGAGAUUCCCGGGAUGUGCGAGAUUCCCGAGAGCCUCUGUACGAUCGCUUCAGGGAGGCCAGAGAGCCCCAGUACAGGAGAGAGGAAGGCUAUGACCGCUACGCCCGUCUGGAUGACUAUUGCCGCAGGCGGGAGGAGCCCUCUUACGACCGCUAUGGGGAUCCCCUGGACAGGCCCACCCUGAGCACCGAAGAGCGCAUGAAGAGAGAGGAGAGGCGCCGGGAAGAGCUGUACCGGCAGUUCUUUGAGGACAUCAAGAAGUGCAUCGAUGCCGAGCGGCCAGUGGAUUGUUCCGUCAUUGUGGUCAACAAGCAGACCAAGGAUUAUGCCGAGUCGGUGGGGCGCAAGGUGCGUGACCUGGGCAUGAUGGUGGACCUGAUCUUUCUCAACUCGGAGAUGUCCUUGCAGCAAGCCCUGGACGACGUGAGCCAGGGGGGCUCUGCCUUUGCCAUCGUCAUCACCCCCCAGCACCAGGUCCAUCACUCCUGCACCGUCAACAUCAUGUUCGGCACCCCUCAAGAGCACCGGAACAUGCCGCAGGCAGACGCCAUGGUGCUGGUGGCCAAGAACUAUGAGCGCUACAAGUCCGAGGUCCGCGAGAAGGAGCGGGAGGAGAUCGCCAGGCGGGCAGCCAAGAUGGCUGACGAGACCAUCCUGCAGGAGCGAGAGCGCCCCCUGCCGGCUGAGGAGGGCCUCCGGGGGGCCCACCCCCCAGCCAUGCAGGCCCUCCUGAACCUGCUGGCGGACAACCGGUACCUGACUGGGGAAGAGACGGACAAGAUCAUCAACUACCUGCGGGAACGCAAGGAACGGCUGCUGCGUGCCACCGCCGAGCCCCUUUCCGCUUCGCUUCCUAGGCAGACGAUGGGAGCCACAUCGGGAUCCUUGGUGCCCGCUUCCCAGGGGCACCAGAGCGUCCAACCUCUGCCGGCCUCUGCCACAGCCGCCGGGCCCUCUAACCCUCAGCAGGAGCUGCAGGCCAAGAUCCUCAGCCUCUUCAACAGCGGGGCGUCCACCGCUGCGGUGAACGUGGCGACCGGGGGCGGCUCAGGUGUGGGGGUGUCUCCGAAUCCAGGGUUUGCUUCCGGGCCCAGCACGGCCAGCCGCGCCCCGCAACUGGGGGUGACUGGCGUCCCCCAGUCUCAGCAGCGAGCUCCGUCCCAGGCCGCCCAGUUCCCCAACCAUCCAGGUUCCUCUAGGGUUGCUGGUCCCCGGCCCUCGGCUCCCUCACAGCCGUCCCAGCCCCUUUACCAGAGCCGGCCCCCUGCGCCCAAUAAUGUGUCUGCCUCGCGCCCAGCACCAUCCCUGGGGAUCAACUUUGACAACCCCAGCGUGCAGAAGGCCUUGGACACCCUGAUCCAGAGCGGCCCAGCCCUCUCCCACCUGGUGAGCCAGACGGUGGGCCAGGCCCGGGCAGUGCCCCCAGCCCAGCAGGCCUUGGGCUCCUACCAGCGGCAUUACUGAUGCCCACUGGGCUUUUGGCUGCCUGCUGCUGAAUGUUCUGGAUGGUGCAUGUCUCUUCCCCUCUCCAUCCCGGGCAGACUAGGGCUGGAGAAGGCAGCGACUCCCCCCUCUGCCUCUGGACGCCCCCCUCCCUCCCCCGGCCUGCUCCUUCCUUUUCAGUUGGGAAGGGGACCAAGAAGGGGUACACUCUCCUGAGCAACAAAGAGCAGGCCAGAGCUGGCACAGGUGGGUGGCUGGGUGGGCUUAAGGGCCGAUCUGAUCGUGUGGCUGCACGAGAGUUUUUAUGGCUGGUCUGUGACACACGCACCCCUUUGGGUUUGAUGUUGUAAAAUUUGAAAGUUAAGUUUUGGGGAACCUCAUAUGCCCCUUUCUUUUCCAAGUGGCUCUUGGCAGAGGUCGAUUCCUGUUGUUCUGUUCUUGGAUGGUUCGGUUAUGUAGAGGCCUCCUCUGUCCUGUUAGCAGGAGGACAUAACUUUUUAAUAAAAUUUACAUAAUGUAUAUAUUAAAAA